AUGGCAGAGCCGCUCUUGACCCCGAAUCCCAACCGUUUCGUCCUCUUUCCCAUCAAGUACCAUGCUGUCUGGGAGAUGUACAAGAAACACGAGGCAAGCUUCUGGACUGUGGAGGAGGUCGAUCUUUCCCAGGACAUGAUCCACUGGGAGAAGCUGAAUGACAACGAGAAGCACUUCAUCAAGCACGUCCUCGCGUUCUUUGCUGCCAGCGACGGCAUCGUGCUCGAGAACCUUGCUGGCAACUUCUCCACGGAGAUUCAGAUCCCUGAGGCUCGCUGCUUCUAUGGGUUCCAAAUUGCGAUGGAGAACAUCCACUCGGAGAUGUACAGCCUCUUGAUCGACACCUACGUCAGAGACCCAGUUGAGAAGGACAAGCUCUUCAGGGCCAUCGAGACCGUGCCAGCUGUGAUGAAGAAGGCGGACUGGGCAAUCCGGUGGAUGGGAGAGAAGUGCUCCUUCGCGAAGCGCCUUGUCGCGUUUGCCGCCGUUGAGGGAAUCUUCUUCUCUGGCAGCUUCUGCGCCAUCUUCUGGUUGAAGAAGCGAGGUCUGAUGCCCGGACUUUGCUUCUCCAACGAGCUCAUCAGCCGUGACGAGGGACUGCACACCGACUUUGCUUGCCUCAUCUACUCCAUGCUGGAGAACAAGCUCUCCACCGAGGAGGUUACCCAGAUCAUCACGGAGGCCGUUGACUGCGAGACUCAGUUCGUUACCGAGGCCUUGCCAGUGGAUCUCAUCGGAAUGAACGCCCAGCUGAUGAGCCAGUAUAUCGAGUUCGUCGCGGACAGGCUGCUCGUCGCUCUUGGACAGCCCAAAGUGUACAAAGUUUCCAAUCCGUUCGAGUGGAUGGACAUGAUCUCGCUGCAAGGCAAGACCAACUUCUUCGAGAAGAGGGUUGGAGACUACCAGAAGGCAGGAGUGAUGUCAUCAAUCAACAAGGAGACAGGGCAGGGCAACCAUUGCUUCAGCCUGGAGCAUGACUUCUAA